CCUGGGAAAGUAGUAAAGUGAAAUUAGCACUUCUAUCGGAGCCACUUUUGCUCGUACACAAGUCUUCAUUCAUUCAAAGUCUUUAACGGUGUAAAUUACCAUUCUACAGAAUUUAAUUCCAAUUCUGCAGCAUGGCAAAUCGUGUUUUCAUCAUAGUAUUACUUCUCUUGAUGUAAUUUGUAGAUAAAGCCACAGAUCAGCUGCUUCGAAUAAUCUCAUCGCAGUAAUAUUAAAACCCAGGAAUAAAGGCAUCGCAAUGAAAUACUUCACGUUACUACGAAGAGCCAAUUCUCCAACUAGAUAAAACAAUUAACACGUUCUGCAAAAUAUAGUAGAAAAACUCUUGUACCGCUUAAUUCACAUAAUCUGAGUUUAGAAAUCAUGUUACGCAGGCACUUAAUCAGCUGAGUAUUUCAAAAUUACACCAACUUAAGUUUCCAUCAUUGUUUCCGCUCCAAAGGUAAACAAAUUUGUAUACGCACUCCAUUGUUCGUUGUUAAUCUGUUUAACAAUAUUUUUCUCCCCUUAGCAAUGAAAACUAUAAAGAAGUGGAGUGAAAAAUUCUCGCGACAUUAGGUGUAAAGAGUGGCUGCAAAAUGAACUGCGUUACCCUGUUAAUGUUAUAUAUUGGCUUCGUCACUUCGGUAACAAACAUAAACACUCCAGUUAAAUGGCAUCGAGUGAAACGUGUCCACCCUGUCCAAAGGAAAGCCGAUGUUAAUUGGGAGAAUGGAGACGUAACAAAUAAUUUGCACGAUAUCAGAGGAUCUUCUAAAACUAAUGAAUAUAUCGAUGAUAUCAAAGACAAGCCUGAAGAGAUUUUUCAAAAUCGACCUUGGUUCCGCAGAAGAAGAUCUUCUCUAAGUACAAUAAGACCCUCCGGCACAAGUUCAGGUACGCCGAGUCAUAAGAGCAAUUAUGCAAAAGCAACGAAGAAUGUAAAGCAUGCGAUGCCAAAGAAAUCAGUGAAUAAGGAGUAUUAUUUAAAAAAGUCAGCGAGGGAACGAUGCUUCAAGAAACCAAGCCAAUUCAAACUGGAAAAGAAGAUACAGGAAAAAUCUAGUAAUACCAGAAUAUCCAAUACAGGUGGGAAAGGUUCGAAAGCCUAUCAUUCAGACAUUCAUGCGAUUGAAUCUAAAACCUGACUCGAUAGAGCAUAAAAUAAUUUAUGGACACUGUAAAAGAAUAUACAGUUUAUAAAUAUUAAUAAACAGUCAAUCUGUUGCUCCGCAUUAUUAUUUAUGCUGUUCCUUGUGUUUUAUUAGUGAAAUGUAAACUGCACGGUGUAAGUGGUGCAUCUAUUCAAUGAUUUUAAACAAUUUACCAAAAAAUCGUUCACUAUUAUAUGACAUACAUUAAUUAAAGAAUAAUUAAAGCGUCAUGUUGAUAAAUCUGGAGCAGAUCGAAGCUGAUUAAGUCCCAACUAUGAUUGCAAGCGUUCCGAAGAAAUCAUUAGCCCCCUAUUAGCAAUUCCUGUUAAUGGAUCCUAAAAUCAGCACUCUUGCCUUCGAACCAGUCGAAUGGCACUUAUAAAGAAUUGUUCACUGGGAAAGGUUUCACAGAAGGAAAUAAUGUUUCUUUGCAAUUACCCUACUCUUGUAUGGUUUCUACUCGUGAUUUCCAAUGUACAAGUCUGGACUUACAAGCAACCACUGCGACGAAAUGAAAACUGGUAUCAUUUGCCAAAGACCAGCAAUGAUCGGCAUGAAGGAUCUCGAAAUAUUCGCUAUAAAGACUUUGCAGAUUCUGAGGUAGAACCGUCUGUUGACAUUAUCGAUUCUUCAAAAACCUAUCAAAGCCAUUAUGAUACUAACGACUCAAUGUUUCGACGGUUUGGAACUUAUUCUUCGAACCUUUCACCAAAUGUACAAUUGGUCCAAUCACAAUAUCCAGAAAUAAAUACAAUGAGCCAAGAUAAUUUGAAAUACUAUGGUAAAAAAAAGGAAUCAGAUAAUUAUCAAUAUGUGAAUUUACCAUACAAGUCCAAGACACAUGACAAUUCAAUCGAUACAUCAUCGCCUGCUUACAAAGCAUGUAAUGUAUCAAAGAUUCUCAGAUUCUCAGAUUUGAAGAAAAAAGAGCAGGAAUGUAUAAUGUCAGAAUUAGGUAAGGCCGAUGCCGCAGGAAAUAAAGAAAAGAACAAAAUGAAGCAGAAGCCUUCAUCUAAAAAUAAGGAUCCAACUAUAAGUUCUGCUACAAAACGAAGCAAAGGUCGCAAAAAGAAACCCAAUCGUAAAAGCACGCCUAAGAAAUUAACUCCGAGUGAUUCAAGAAAAAGUCAUGCACAGACUGAUCCAACGAUCCAAUUAAAUAUUACUAAGUCACAUCGACAAUUAAACCCAAAGGAAAAAUCAAAGAAAAGCACUGUAUUACGCAAUCACUCAAAUAAGAGUAAUAUGGAAAAAACCAUCAAAGCAGGGCAGAAACCACGUUACCGUUAUUCAGAUUACAAGAAAGCAUUAAACUCAUUGCCUCAAAAAGUAGUUAAAAUAAAAACAGAUGAAGUAGAGUGUUCCCACCAAUACUCACAAACAGUCAAUGGCUUACGACAAACUCCUUGCAGCCUCGCAUCGAAUGAAAUAGAUGUGGACUUAAAAGAAUACGCUGCCUUACUUCCUCUGUCGUUUUGGUUUAAUACAGAUUACUAACUUGCAUCAAUCGUUAUCUCACGAGUUUGAAACUGUUGUAUUAGCUAUUUAGAUUUUAAGUUAUAAAAAUAUAUUCUGGAAGGAUUAGCCCCUUUGAA